AUGUCAAAAUACGAUGCGAAUGCGUUAGAUGCAAAGCAUACAGAAAGCAACACUGAUGCUGAAACAAAACCAUCUUCACCUCGCAACGAAGAAAAUGAUGACUCACUUUCAUCCUUAGCCAGUUCGAAACAUAAAUCUCCGAACGACACAUCAUAUACUGACGACAGUUCUCUUUCUGCUUCAAAGAAGAAGAAUACUGCAGCAAAAUCGGCCAAUGACGAAGAAGAUACGUACUAUAAUCGAAUACCUGAGGAUAGCCGACGAGAAACCAAGACUAGUAAAGAUCUAUCAGAUCAGCAGGAUCCCAUAACCACCUUAUCAUCGACUGAAGUACAGGAUUGGAAAUGUCGUGAAUGUGGCUUCACAAAUAAAGAUAGCGACACUGCAUGUGAUGCGUGCGAAACUCAUAAACCAAUGCAUCCGCGUCUUGAAAUACGUCCAAGUCACUCAGAGAGACGUAUGUCGGCAUCGCCAUCUGAUAGGCGCAGUUCUUCUCCAGAAGACGAGAGCAUGUAUAGCCGAGCAGAUUCAAGAAGUUCUUCACGAGCUCGUCGACGUAGUUCAAGUCGCGAACAAUCGCCAUCAGAAAAAGACUUGUCCGACAAUGAAAGAUCUUACCCUUAUUCAUCUAUUGUUGGAUCCAGAAGUCGUCGAAAAUCUUCCGAUUCAUGUUCAUCGGAUGAUAAUCGAUAUCAAUCUUCAGAAAACAACACAAAACAAAGGCAAACAUCUGAACAUUAUGUUUCGAGUACUACUUCACAUAAGCAAGAAUUGGCCUACCCUCGCGGUGGUUCAGGAGAAGAAAAAUCAUCAGUACAAUCGGUUGCAGCAUAUUCAUCUUCAUCGAAAAAUAAAAGUGAUACUAAUGAUUUAACAAAUUAUUCUAAUUUGAAACUUGGCUCCUCAAUAGAUACUGAACAAGAUGCACGUCAAACAAAGACAUCAAAUAAAGAUGUUUUUUCGAAAGGAUCUUCAAAACGAAGUCCAUCUCGUUCACCUUCUCCAUCAGAUGAUAAAAAAGGAUCAUAUUCAUCUUCAUAUGAAGGCAGUCGUCAUCAAUCAACAGGAACAACUGCGAAACAAAUGAAAUCACCUACGAGUUCAUCAUCGUCAAGAAAAUCGAAUCAAGAUGAUCCUAUCAUUGUUUAUGUACCUGAUUUGCCAGUGAACAUCGAAAAUAAUCAAUUACUCGAAAAUAUUAUUCGUCAAUGUUUAGAACUUAAACAUAAACAAAAAGUACUCGAUGUUAAAUGUGAUACAGAAUUAGGCAUCGGCAUUGUCUAUUUGUACAAUGAUGAAGAUAAAAAUAAUUUGAUUAACAUCAUCGGAAAAAUUAUAGUUGAACUAUCCAGCAAUACAACGGUAUCAUUUGUAGAUGAACUUGAGCUUAUCUCCUACAUUGUCAUCGAUGGAAAGGAUAUGAAAGAUCUUCCAUCAGUUGAUGAGAUAUGUCGACGAUGGGUUCAUUUGUAUAAGAUGCAAUCCCAACCACGAUGUGAAUUAUUAUCUGUUCAAUUUCCGAAUAUCUUUCGAAUAGUGACACAUUCAUUAAAUGAACUACUCACAGCUAUGUCAAUUAGGGAAUUCUCAAUCAAUAAUCGCUUUGCAACUGUUUAUUUUCGAGCGGACUGCGCUUUCUUUGAAGAUUUACCACGAACGACUAAUUUGGAUCGAUUGAAAUUAGCUAUUGAUAGUCAAAUUUCUAAUAAAUAUAUGUCGAAAGAAUUAAUACAUAUUCAAUAUAACAAAGAAGAUGCCAAUGCUGUUGUACUAACAUCAGGUAGAGCUCGAAUAUGGGCAUUAUAUAGUUCAAUUCUAUUAGAUGGACGAGUUAUUAUGAAGAAAGAUAGUCUUGCUUGUCGUGUCUUGAUACGAUCCGUGCCUAAAGGUGUAUCGGCAUCACUCAUCCAAGAUCAUAAAAUCUUUGCUAAUGCUGUCGUUAAAACAUUACCCAGUGAUGAACAUGUCAUUCUCGAACUUUCGGAUAAGAAUAUUUAUGAGAAAUGUAUUGAUCAAGGUGCCUUACGUAUUGGUGAUCAUGUAUUAGGUAUUGAAGCUUAUACAUUUUCAAGUAAUCCUGAAGAUAGUGAAAUUAAUGCCGAAAAUUGGUACGAAACAGAAAUGUGUGAUCAUAAACCUGACAUAAUGCCAUUUAUUGCUAAUCUUCAACAUCAUAUAUUUCGAUUUAAAUGGAAUUCAAAUGCAUUUUUAGAACAAUUUCGUCGUUGGACAUCGAAUAAUCGUAAGAUUGAUGGAAAAGAUCAAGAUAAAUAUGAAAAAUUAUGCAACCUUAAACGUCAUCUAUUACGAAUGACAGUUAUGUUAAAUACAAUUGGUGUAGUAAAAAGAGGUUUUUAUCGUAUUGGUGAAAAAGAAAUCAAAUUAAAAUCAGAUCGAGUAAAAACUAUUCUUUAUGAUCAUAAGUCAAAAUUACAACGUGGUAAGACAACUUCAUUGUCACAGGCAACAGAAUUUCCCCAUGCAUCAACAUCAGUUAAAGUAGUCAAUGAAGAUUGUUUGAUUGUUUACAAGAAUUUAGUAAGCAAAGGCUGUCGACCAGUACUUCUCAAUAUGGCCAAUGCAAACAGUCCAGGUGGUGGCUAUAAACGAGGUGAUGGAGCUCAAGAAGAGACACUUUUUCGUCGUUCGAAUUAUUUUCAAAGUCUCGAUCUUGAAUUGGAUAAUGGAAAACCAACAGAUCGUUUCUAUUGUAAUGCAAAUUGUGAACUAGAACCUUUAGCCGAAUGUGAUGCACUAUAUCCAAUAGAUGAGUUCGGAGCAAUCUAUACAUCGGGAUUGACAGUUUUUCGACAACCUGAAGAUACUGGCUAUGCUUUCAUGGAAAUACCUAUGUAUGAUGUAUGUGCUAUUGCAAUGGCUGCCUAUCGAGAUCCAAAAAUUCAGAAUGAUCUUCUCACUUCAAAAUAUUCUAUUGGUACACGGAAAAAAAUUGAAAAUAUAUUUGCUAUUGCACAUCAUCAAAAACAUGAUAGUCUUGUUCUAUCUGCUCUUGGUUGCGGUGCGUUUAGAAAUCCGCCAAAGCACAUUGCAGCAAUAUUCAAAUCAGUUAUUGAACAAUAUGCUGGAUAUUUCAAAUAUAUCUAUUUUGCUAUUAUUGAUGAUCAUAAUACAGGCCAAGAUCUUAAUCCUAUCGGAAAUUUUCGUCCUUUUCAAAAUUCGCUCGAUAAUUUAGAUGCAGAACCCAAGCGACAUAAGCUUGUCGAUAUGAUGAUUGGGCCUUGGCGAAUUUUAAAUCAGACAACUAUGAAAGAAAUAACAUUAAGUGAUAUUAGAAUUUGUUAUUUAAAUCCAUGCAUUUAUGGAGCAAAGUGUAAUGACUUGAAAAAUGAACAGCAUUCUCGUGAAUAUUCACAUCCACCUUUAUGUCCGUACGCAGAUAAUACGACACCAUGUAAACAGAAAAAUGAUAGCCAACAUACGCUUUGGUUCAGACAUCGCCAAAGAUGUUCGUAUGGUGGUGAAUGUGAAUUAAUUGAGAACGAUCUCAUGCAUUCAAAUGAAUUUGAGCAUCCUGAAUUUUGUCGUGAUAGUGGUCGUUGUGAAAAUAUGGAUAAUGAACAUCUUAAAGCUUAUCGGCAUGUACCACUAUGUAAAUAUCGUCGUCAAUGUGUCGAUUAUAAUCGUGGAUCAAAAGAUCACUGUCUAAAAUUUCGUCAUUGUAUACCAAUGUGUCGCUUCGGUCAUUUUUGUGUAAGAUUUCAUGACGAAAAACACUCAAGUGAAGAAAAUCAUCCAUUUCAACCAGCAUGUCCAUUUACUCCAUUCCAUUGUCGACAAUAUAAUAGCUUAUGUGAAACAAAAAAUAUCAAAACAUUACCGAUCGAUGUUCAAAAUCAUUGUCUAAAAUAUUCACAUGUAUGUCGAUAUGGUCGUCAAUGUCAAGAAACAUCUGAUACACAUUGGAAGACCACAAUUCAUAUUGCUCGUAAUAUCUGUUCAUUCGAUGAUAAAUGUACAAGACUAAAUCAAGAAGAUCAUUUAAAUUCAUUCUCACAUCCAGGUAUAGCUGAUAUUCGUCGUUUAUGCUCUUACCAAGCCUACGAAUGUCGAGAUAGACGAAAAUCUGAACAUAUCAUCAAAUAUCGACAUCAUGGAAACCAUGAUUAUAGUGGUGUUAUUGGCUGUUUUGGACAGAACAAAAAGAGUAAUUUCGUUGAAAAUCAAAGAAAAAUUGUUCAAGAAAUAAAUGACUAUGCAAAAGGUUUAAAUUCAAAACAUCAAUUAUCGAUUCCGUCAGAAAUUCAAAAAUGGAUUAAAGGCUUACAACCAAUUCAUCGAUGUUCAAAAGUCAUUUUUGAAUCGAUACUUGUUCAUGGUCAUGUCAUGUCUCGUGACCAUAUGGAACACUUAAAAAAAUCAUAUUUUGCAGCUCAAACUGUCCAAGAACAUAAACGUGUGCGUGCAAUUUUUGAUCGCUAUAAAAUGUCAGCAAUAGAAGAUCAUGCUAAAGAAUAUAUUCGAGCCGUUGUUUCUCUGGAAUACAGUAAAAAAUACGGUGCGGUUGCAGCAGCCGAAGCAGGUACCGGUGGUUCAUCAAUGUCAACUGGAUCUGAUGACUAUAAUGAUAUUAUACGUAGAAAAGAAAGAAUCCUUCAAACUUUAAUAAAGCCGGAAGAAGUUGAUACAAUUAAACGAUGCGCCAUUGAUAUUGCUGAAGCCUCAUGGAAUCUUCAUAAUGCUCCAACUGGUAUCAAAUACGAACCUGACAAAUUAUUACGUACUGAUAAGCAUGUUUUUGGUAUUCUCGGGCCACACCUUGGCCAUUAUUAUGGGGAUAUAAUUCUUGUAUUUAAAAGUGAAGUAAUGCUUCAUCCAGAUGCCAAUUUUUCUCCUCAAGCAGCUACUUCAUUUUCAAGUAAGCGUACAUUUUCGCAUCGACCAUGGAUCAAAGAUCCGGGCACACAAGUUGAAAGAAUAAAAUGUUUUCAUGAAUCGAAAUUACAUUGUGCUAUACCAGGAUAUGAAUAUGCAGCGGCAGCAGAACUAAUGGCUGUAUCAGGACUACGGAAGAAAACAAUGGAUGUUGAUUUAAAAGGCAUUAUACAUCGUUGGAAGGAAGUUGAUUCACAUGAGGUAUUCGAGGCUCAUUUACCUCAAUUGGUUCCUCUUGAUUAUAUCGACGAAAUAUACAUACCAAAAAAUUUGUUUAAUUCAUUGACUUCAGCAGCUCAACAAUCAGCAAAAAAAAUCUUUCGUGAUGCACUUCAUAUUACAAAACAUGAAAUUGAUCUUACUAGUACUGGUGGUGGAGGUCCACAUCCGUCAGAUAGGAGUCGUUCUGAUUAUCAAGAUUUUGUGACUAGUGCACUAAUACAAAAAUUUGAAAAACGAAAGGAACGUACAAGACGUUUUCGCGGCUUUGUUCUUACUCUAGAACCAAGUCAAUUUACAGAUCAUAUUGUUUUACCAUUAACAAUAAAUGAAGCUCGUAACAAAUAUCUUCGAACACAUAAACAAAGUUCGAAUUCUGAUGAUACGUAUAUUUAUUGGGAAGCAAUGUAUGGUGAUAUGAUGAUUACACUUUCAGAUGAACCAAUUAAUCCCGAUAAAAGUCAACCACGUAUUCAAUGUCUUGUUUGUUAUAUUGCUGAGAGACCAUCAACGACAACAACUAAUUAUAAUGAAUCGUAUUCAUACUUAAAUGCUGAUGAACCAUAUCGGCAUAUUGUUAUUAAGGCUAAUGGCCAAUGCUCAAGUAGUUCACGUUCAUUUCAUCGUGGAUGCAAUAUUGAAAAUUUUUUAACGUAUUGUCUUAAAAUUGAGAAGAAAACAGGUCAAGUAACACUGUCACAUGCUGGACCGAAUAGUAUUUAUUGUUAUGAAACAAUAACGUAUAAAUUUUCGAAAGCAAUCAUUGACUUGGGCAAAUUAGAAUACGUUCAUGUAAGUGCUGGUUCACACAAAGUACCUAUUCGAAACUUAAUUAUUAGUUUUGAACAAAUUCCCGAUUUAUAUCCAUCGUUUGAUAAAAAUUUUAAACGAGGCGAUGAUGCUUUUUCUCGUAGGAAAAGAUCUCAUAGUCGUGAUCAUUUACAUUCUCUAAAAACUCCACAAUCGCCCGAAGACAAAUCUCCAUCUUUUCUGAAUAAAGCUAAAGAUGCUGUUCUUGGCUUAUUUGGUUAUGAUGAUAAAAAACUUGAACCAUGUCCCCAUUCGAUUAAUUGUCUAUUACAAAAAUCAUCGAAACAUAUGAGAGAAUAUUCUCAUCCUUGUCCAUAUUCUGAACUUUGUUCUAAUAAAGACAAAGAGCCCAAUCUAACACAUGAACCCCGCAAAGUAGAACAAUGCUCAUUGAAGAGUUCGUGCCAAAAACUUGAUGAUCCCGUUCAUCGAGCAAAGUAUCGACAUCCAGGCUAUCCUGACUUUCUUAUUCCAUGCCCUGAUGGAUUGAAUUGUCAUAAUAAAACAUCGGAUCAUCAGACAAAAUAUUCACAUGGUCAACCAGUAGAAAUAGCGCGCGAUAAAAUACAUGAUACACCCCAUAAAUCGUCAUCGAAACCCCAUACUCAAUAUGAAGAAAAAAAAUCCCCUCAUGAAGGAAGAAAUGAUCAACGAACUGUGUGUCGAUAUGGAUCAAAUUGUCGUGAUCAAAAUGACUCCCAUCAUUAUUCAAAAUAUUCACAUCCUCGUGAACAUGGAUCUAAACCAUCGGCUAGUUCAAGUCAUGAACGAAUAUCUUGUCGCCAUGGCCGCGACUGCCGUGAUAAAAAAGAUCCUCAACAUUGUUCGAAAUAUUCACAUCCAGAUGAACAUAAGUCUUCAUCUUCGGCUAGAUCAAAUCGCGAACGAAUAGCUUGUCGCUAUGGACGCGAUUGUCGAGAGAAAAAUGAUCCUCAACAUUGUUCAAAGUAUUCACAUCCAGGCGAUCAACGAAGUCGAGAUCAUGAAAGUUCUAAUUAUGAUAAAAUACAAUGUAAAUUUGGUGACAAAUGUUAUGAUACAGAUCCUAAUCAUCGUUCUAAAUAUUCUCAUCCAAACAAAAAAUAG